ACGAGAAAGAGGAGGACGCAGUGUGAGAAACGGAGAGAAGGAAAACGAGCUGGUGGAGGAUCGACUACCGCGGUCACACGCAGGUAGGUCCAUCCAGAGGGAGGCAUCGGCAAGGAGGCCGCUCCUCAUCGCCGCUCCAGCAUGACCCAGCCUUAGUACGGCUCUCCUGUCGUACACCCUCCGCGGCGCGACACGAUACGACACGUAGAAGAAGGUGGUGGAGAAGUCGGAGGUGGUGCUGGCGGCGGAGGGGGCCAAGGAGAGGGUGGAGGACGCCGAGGAGGACGGAGAAGAAGAAGAAGAAGAAGGUGGCGAAGGAGGAGGAGGAGGACGGAGGCCUCGCUAACGACGGCGAACGUCCUCGAAGGUGCGAACCACCAACAGCAGCACCACCGCCGACGACGACGAUGAUCGUGACGGGCGGUGAUCGGCGUACAUGUUGGAGGCGGAGGCGCCGAUUGGCGUUGAUCACUCUGCUCUCCGCGGUUUUAGCCUUCGCGAUGGGACCCUCGUCGUCUUCGGGGCACAGACCGGCGCCAAACAAUCCGAUCACAUUUCAUACCACCACGAGUAGCACAGCCAUGCCCGUCCUAAUACGGCUGAGUAACGGUACCAGCGUGCAAGUGUACGAUAGCAAAAACAACGGUGCGGGUCUUGACGGGCAUAAUAGGACUAACGAUAACAAUACAGACGUCAAGAGGCCGCUCUUCCCCGAAGAUCUGUUCACGAAUGAUCAACGACGCCGCGGCGCCGUGAUACUUCAUAUACUUGGCGUGGUGUACAUGUUCGUCGCGUUAGCAAUCGUCUGCGACGAGUUCUUCGUACCGUCGUUAGACGUGAUUAUCGAGAAGCUCGAUAUCGCCGACGAUGUGGCCGGUGCUACUUUCAUGGCGGCCGGUGGAUCGGCGCCCGAACUCUUCACAUCGAUCAUAGGCGUGUUCGUGUCGUUCGACGAUGUCGGUAUCGGCACUAUCGUCGGCUCCGCCGUCUUCAACAUCCUUUUCGUGAUCGGCAUGUGCGCUAUAUUCUCGCGUACCGUGCUAUCGCUCACAUGGUGGCCUCUAUUUCGCGACUGCACUUUCUAUAGCGCCAGUCUACUCACCCUGAUCUACUUCUUCCGCGAUAGUUAUAUAUACUGGUAUGAGGCACUUGUGCUAUUUGGAUUCUAUUUGGGAUAUGUGAGCUUCAUGAAGUGGAACCAGCCAAUGGAGAAAAUGGUCAAAAGGGUACUCUACAGGAACAAGGUGACCCGGGUCAGGUCUACCGAUCAGCUGAUGCCCUCGCACCAGAGCGCCGCCCAGGCAUUGCAGCAUCCGAACGCGAUCAACAAUAGCGAAACGAGCGUGGGCGGUACGUCGGGUGCGUGCGGAAGCAUCCCGGCGCCCGGGGAGGCUGGAUGCAGCAGCAGAGUUGGCAGCAGCAGCGGCGUCGGCGGCAGCGGCGGUGGCACGGGCUCCGGACAAGGCUGCGAACAGGCCCAUGGGGGUCCGUCCUCUCAUUCACGGGAGAGCCACGCAAAGUUUCGACACGGCCUGCUGCAGCUUAUGAUCCACACGAUCGAUCCGCUCCACGACGGUCAGUCCCGCGCCGGCAAGGUGGACGAGAAAGCGACGCAGCUGCAUGCGAUAGCGUCACUGAAGGUGCUGCUGGAUGCCACCAGGCCGCAUAACGGCGCCGCGACGUCGACCGCCGCCCAUUACUCCGGCGCAUCCUCGAAGGAGACGACUCUGCAGCUGCAGCAGGGCUCGCAAGGCACCACCACCACCACCACGACUACGACGACCACUGCCGGCACCACUGCUGGUAUUCAGGAACUUCCGAACGGCGGUAUCGCCGCCGGUCUGGACGCUGGACUCGAUUCGGGCGAAGAGGAUGAACCUCCAGAGGCCUUGAACAUGGGCUGGCCAAGUAGUCCAAGAAAAAGGCUAACAUACAUUUUAGUCGCGCCAAUCUUAUUUCCUCUUUGGUUGACGUUACCGGAUACGAGAACACCUAGAGGGAAGAAGUUCUUCCCGAUAACGUUCAUCGGCUCGAUCUUCUGGAUCGCGGCGUACUCGUACCUGUUGGUCUGGUGGGCGAAUGUCGCCGGCGACACAGUGGCCAUACCGCCGGAAGUGAUGGGCCUGACGUUUCUCGCAGCUGGUACCAGCAUACCGGACCUCAUCACAAGCGUCAUCGUGGCGCGAAAGGGAUACGGCGACAUGGCCGUGUCGAGUUCCGUCGGCAGUAACAUCUUCGACGUGACCGUUGGGCUUCCGGUUCCAUGGCUCCUAUACGGUUUAAUCUACGGGAAACCCGUGGAGGUGAACUCAGUGGGCAUGGUGUGCAGCAUAGCGAUACUGUUCUGCAUGCUGCUGUUCGUGAUCAUGAGCAUCGCCUGCUUCAGAUGGAAAAUGAACAGGGGCCUCGGCUUCACGAUGUUCAUCCUCUACUUCGUCUUCGUCGCCGUCUCGCUGAUGUUCGAGUACGAGAUACUGGUCUGUCCGGUGUAGGGCAGCCAGGACAGCGCAGCCGCGACAGCAGAGGUAUUAAAACUCCUCCGGAGAAUGGAUACGUCUGCGAAACGGACGCACACUUACGGGUCUCGUCAUCAUCAUCGUCAUCGUCGUCGGCGAGUCUUGGCCGACGAGAGAACUCUUCCCCGCGGUCGCCGCUUCGAGUCGAGGAGGAAACCGCGCCUGUCAUUACCUUCCGCACGCGCGUGAAGGGGACUUGACAUUACGAACGGCAAUAGUAGCACCAUCUCACACCGCCACUAUCACCGAUCAUCGAGUCUCACAGCUACUUCGCGUACCAGAUUACGAAGCGUUUUGCUCUAGUCGCGAGAGGUGUACAUAUUGUAUAAAAAUCUUGAAAUACCUGAAACGAAAUACUCGUCUUGUUAAGGAUUAACCGAGCGCGCCACUCCGUUCGAGUGCGCUACUUUAUUGUUUAAGCAUGUUUAAGCAGGCGAGCGCGUUAGCCGAUCGUGCCAAGGACCGAACUAUAAGUUUACAUAAUCCGUGGAAGGAUUUUUUGGCACAAACUUUUAAGACUCCCUGGUCAUCUUCUUUUUCUCCAUUUUUUUCUUUAUUAUCUCAUCCUACUUUUUAAUUAUUACUCAU